AUGGUAUCGUCAUCGGCCUCGCUAAACCGCCUCCGAGCGCCUGUUCAGCGUGCCAUCUCAAACGCUUCUCGAAAUGCAUCUCGAAAUGCAUCUCGCUCCUACGCCACUGUCCCAACAAAUACACCUGAGCCAGUUAUCUCCUCGUCCGAUAAGCCAGCCCGCCGUCCGACAUAUUUCAAGAACACGACGGUCGCCUCUUUAGACGACUUUAUAUCUAGCUCGUCUUCAACCACUCUAACUGCUAGCGAUGCAUAUCAGCUACGUACCGCCGAGGUCGGGCCCGCGUCGAACCGGCGCACCAUCACUCGACUACCCGAGUGGCUCAAGACGCCGAUCCCCGCCGGCAACGAUAACUACAAGAAGAUCAAGUCGGACUUGCGCGGGCUGGGUUUACAUACGGUAUGCGAGGAGGCCCGCUGUCCGAAUAUCUCAGAGUGCUGGGGUGGUAGCAACAAGAAUGCUGCCACCGCCACUAUCAUGCUGAUGGGAGACACAUGCACACGUGGCUGCCGCUUUUGCUCUGUCAAGACCAACCGUGCUCCUCCACCGCUCGAUCCCCAUGAGCCUGAGCACACUGCUGAGGCCCUAGCUCGGUGGGGCCUGGGCUAUGUGGUGCUGACGAAUGUCAACCGAGACGACCUGCCAGACGGUGGGUCGCACCACUUCGCCGAGACGAUCCGCAAGAUCAAGGCCAAAAAGCCGAGUCUACUCGUGGAAGCACUAACGAGUGACUUCUGGGGCGAUCUGGACUCGGUGGCCGUUGUGGCCGAGAGCGGGCUUGACGUGUAUGCGCAUAACGUUGAAACCGUUGAGGGUCUCACGCCGUACGUGCGAGACCGUCGCGCUACGUUCAAGACAAGUCUUAAGGUGCUCGAGCACGUGAAGAAGGUCCGGGGUCAGAAUGGCAUCAUCACAAAGACGAGUAUGAUGCUGGGGCUAGGCGAGCAGGAGCACGAGAUCAUGGAUGCGCUAGAGCGGCUGCGGAAGGCCGACGUAGACGUGGUGACUUUUGGCCAAUACAUGCGACCGACGAAGCGCCACCUCAAGGUCGAGAAGUACGUCACGCCCGAGGAGUUCGAGAUGUGGCGGCAGCGCGCCCUCAAUAUGGGGUUCUUGUAUGUCGCCAGUGGGCCAUUGGUCAGGAGUAGCUACAAAGCUGGCGAGGCCUUCAUCGAGAACGUCUUGAGGAAGCGUGCCGGAGAAAGUGGUGCUACUAAUGUAGACGGCAAACUAGGGGCGGCCGUGGCAAUUGAAGAUACGAAGGAAGCAUGA